AUGGGCGUCGCGGCAGGAGCGCGCGAGGCCUGGACCACAGCGGCGUUUUUCGGGCCCUGCAGGGGGCGCUGCGGAGGGAGCCGCGCGGGACCCGUCCCCACUCCGCCCUCCUCGGCGGCCUCCCCUUUCCCACCCGCGGGCAGCUCCGGGUCUAUAAAAAGAGGCGUCCCGGGCGAGCGCGGAGAUUUGGACGCCCCUGCCUGGGAGGUGUACCAGAUCUGA